AAACCAUUGUCAAUAUUUUGAGUGAAAAUUAUUUAAUAAACUAGUUUUGAUAACAAUUAAAAGGACUACAAACAAUGCCCAAUGCCCGCUCACUGCGCGGUGAUCAAUUGCAGCGAUAAAUACGUACAUUCCGGCAGCAUUUCCUUCCACAGAUUUCCGUUUAAGCGAAAGGAUUUGCUGCAGAAAUGGAAGGAUUUCACGCAGCGCAGUGGCCAGUGGAUGCCCUCCAAGUGGAGUGCCGUGUGCAGUCGCCACUUUGCUGACUCGGACUUCAACUGCAGCAACAAUCGAAAGACGCUGAAGAAGAAUGCGGUGCCAACGUUGGGACUUCCAUCCGAAUCUCUGAAUGUUAUUGUGGAGCAGGUGAGGCUGCCACUGCAGUGUACAACAACAACAACGGCGGAAGCAACAACAACAGCCAACAGCAACAACAACAACAACACCACGAGCGGCACAAAGAGCACUUGCCGCUUUUGUGGCACCUCUGCAUUGAAUUGUGUUUCCUUUGAUAAGAGUUUCGAGUUGUUUGGCAUGAUUCAAAAGUGUUUUCCUACACUGCAGAUUCUGCAGGAUGACACGCUGCCCCUGCCCAAGGAUAUUUGUGGCGAAUGCUGCAAGCAGCUGGAACGAUUCUCGAAAUUCUGUGAUGUGGUCAUGCUCGCCCAGAGCGAUCUUCAGCGUAAAUAUCGACGACAGCUAAAGAUCAAGCAGGAGCCGGUGGUGCGUGUGAAGCAGGAGGCAUGCGAAAGUCUUGACAAUCUCUUUCCCGAUGAGCUGGACAUGGCGCUGGAUGACCAUGAGCCGGACGCCGAUGAUGCCACUGAGCACAAGUUUCAAUUCUGUGACUUUCCCAUGCUCAAUGCCCAGGAUAUAAUCAACAACUGUGAUAUUAUGGAGAUUAUUAACUUGGACGAUCCGUUUAUCAAUAUAACUGACGAUGCAGAUGUGGCGCAAUCGCAGCCAGUUAACUCCAUGCCUCUUCCCGUUGCCGUUCCAGUCAUGCCUACGGUCAAUGAGAUGCUGCAAUCUGAGCUACUCACCGAGGAGCACAAUUAUGCCAAGGAGGAUUGGCAGCUGCCGGUGCUGCAGCAGUAUAAGACCGAGAAAGUUGAAUGCAUCGAUGCACAAAACACGGAACAGGCACAACAAUCGACAACAACAUCGGAGACUCGCAGCUCCAAGCCAAUUGUGACGAAUGUUAGCCAGAUUCCAAAUCCAAUGAUAUGCGAGCUGUUACCACCGCCAGCACCAGCACCAGCACCAGGACUACCACCACCGCACACAACAACCACAGCAGUCAGCAAACCCAACAUUGUGGUGCUCAACGAUAGCGUUGUGAAAUCCUCCGCCUUUCGUCUCCACAAUUGCAGUCUCUGCACCACAAAGUUCUUUACCGCUGAGAGUCUCAAUCAGCAUAUUGCCCACAUGCAUGCCACGCCCACCGUGUCUACACCCAUGCCCAUGGUGAGCUUGCCUCCGGUUAACAUUAAUUUGUUGAGCGGCAAUUCGCUUAAACUGGAGACCAGCUCCUUGCCGCAGCUGUCAUCAUCAACGCUCACGGCUACGGCGAGCUAUUGGCAAUCGGACUGGCUGCCGCCCCAGUUGCCAGUGGCCAAGAAGAAGAUUGACAUACUGGAUAUGCAGCGCAGCUUUCUGCAUCAUAAUGAUCUCAUUGCUCCGACGAUGCCGUCCACAGUCACGCCACAGUCACCGAACUGCGCAUACGCCAAGCUGGCCGCCAUCUACAGACGCUGCCAGCAGAAGAAGCGCCGUCAGUUGAGGCAUAACGGCAAACCGAUCUCUUCACGUGCCGCUUCCCACCGCCUGCGGUGUCGACAAUGCUCACGUGGCUUUGCCACAGUGCAACAGUUGCUGUGGCAUCGCCAACGCAAGCGGCACUUUGGGCUGCCGCCUCCUCGCACAUUUGCCGUCAAGUGCUUUGGCUGCCUGCGACUCUUUCGCACUCGACUUGGACUGCGUCAACACAUGCGGUUCAUCUGCCAGUCGCUGCCGUUGCGCAAUGCUCGCCUGCAGAGCUACAAGUGCCGUUACUGCCGCAACAUCAGCUGCACACAUUGGCGCAUCUAUCGACGUCACGAACUCAAGUGCCGACUCCGCCAACGGUCAAAGGCACAAGACUUCUGCAAACGUCGCCGUACAAUUGCUGGCCAGGCACAAGUCCACAAUCGUAGAUGCCACAGCUGCUCCGUUUGCCAGAAGACCUUUAGUUCGCUGACGGGUCUGAAGCAGCAUCGCAUUACCCACACAUCGGAGCGACGCUACAAGUGCAGCAUCUGUGAUCGGGUCUUCAAGCGGCGCAACGGACUCUCGCAACACGUCAAGGGCUACCACCUGCAGCUCAAGCCACAUCAAUGUCCAGUCUGUCAGCAUCGCUUUGCCCUCAAGUGCGAUAUGCUGCGUUGCCGGCACUCGCUGCGACGUGGCCCCAAUGACACAGGGAAAACCUAAGGGACAAAGCAUCUUGAAUCAAAA